AUGACGGCCGAGACGCGGUUUGCACUCCCAGCAGGAGCGGAGGUGAACGACCCGGUGCCGCGGGCAGCGCAGCUGCGCCCCCUGUCGGCCGCAGAUGCCACCAGCAGCUCAAAUUGGAAAAAGGAAGUUAGAAUGUCAAGCCCAGACUCUGUCACAACUGCUUUUCUGUCACGAUUCAUAAGGCUGGAACUUCAAACCCGCGCUCUAUCACGAGCACUUUUCCGUCGCAAUUCAAUCCCGCAAUUCGAAGCCCAAGGUGCCUCACAACGCCCUCUCCGCCGCGCCCCUCAGAGGGAACUACGCCGGCGCACUCGGUUUCCGCCUUCUUCCCUCCGUUCUUGCCCGCCCCUACUCGCGCUUGCGCAGAGCGCAGGCCCUGGCGGCGGCAGCGAGAUGGCGGUGGGCGGCGGCGCCUGCCCGGGCCGGCGGUGGCUGCUGUACGCGGCGCUGCUUCUGCUGCUCUCUCGUGCGGCGUGGGGCCUGACAGAGGGCCUGUACUGCGGGCGCCGCGUCUGCUACGAUGUGCUGGGCGUCAGCCGGCAGGCCAGCAAGGCGGAGAUCGCCCGCGCCUACCGGCAGCUGGCCCGCAAGUACCACCCCGACCGUUACCGCGGGGAGCCGGCCUCGCCGGGCGGCGGCGGCCCUCAGGCGGCGCACGAGAAGUUCCUCCUCAUCGCCACCGCCUACGAGACCCUCAAGGAUGAAGAGACUCGUAAAGAUUAUGACUACAUGUUAGAUCAUCCUGAAGAGUAUUACAGGCAUUACUAUCACUACUACAGCAGGAGACUGGCACCUAAAGUGGAUGUUAGAAUCGUGAUUCUGGUUACAGUAUGUGCCAUCUCAGUGUUUCAGUUCUUCAGCUGGUGGAGUAGUUACAAUGAAGCUAUCAACUACCUAGCUACAGUGCCAAAAUACCGUAUACAAGCUACUGAGAUUGCCAGGCAGCAAGGUUUACUCAACAAGACUAAAGAAAAAGGCAAGAACAGGCGGUCUAAAGAAGAAAUUCGUGAAGAAGAGGAAGAAAUCAUCAAAGACAUUAUUAAAAAUAAAAUAGAUAUAAAAGGUGGAUAUCAGAAGCCCAAAAUCUAUGAUAUACUUCUAUUUCAGAUCCUCCUAUUUCCUUUUUAUCUGUGCAAAUACGUAGCUUGGUCCUGUUGGUGGAUUUAUUGCUUCCAUAUUAAAGGGCAAGAGUAUGGUGUAGAAGAGAAGCUGUAUAUCAUACGAAGGUACAUGAAAAUGUCUCAGUCUCAGUUUGACAGCCUAGAAGAUCAUCAAAAAGAGACCUUUCUUGAACGGCAGCUGUGGGUACGAGAGAACUAUGAGGUCUAUAAACGAGAACAAGAGGAGGAGUUGAAGAAGAAGAUGGCUAUGGAUCCUCGAUGGAAGAGAUACCGGCGGUGGAUGAAGAACGAAGGACCUGGAAGGCUGACUUUUAUCGACGACUGAAAGUUGCUGAACCAAAUCUGUGCUAAU